AGAAGUUAAUCUUAUGGCACCAGCUUUUCCGUUAGAAUACACAGGACCGAAGGAAUCCGAAAGGUGUUCAUUUUCACAGUUGAUGGGGAAAUCUAGGGAGUAUUUUAAGGGAGAGAAUCAUUCUGGUUUUAUCCCUAGUUACAGGCAUGCGGUUGAGACCAUGGGUGAAUCAGAAGGGAUUGGGAGCUCAGGACGGAUCGUUACAGAAAUGACAGCAUCGGAGGGUUCAUAUGCACCUAAAAGGAAAUGUAUUGGUUUGAAUGCUGAUAGUUACAAUAAUUUUGGUGUCCCCGUGCAAGCAUUGUUGUUGUCAAAGAUGUCAAAAUCUGAGAGAAAGAAUUUGGAGUUGAGAUUAAAAAUGGAGCUUGAACAGGUUCGGUUGUUACAGAAGAAAGUUGUUAGUUUGGGCUCGAGGUUAGAUAUUUUAUCUCCAUCUAUAGAUAACAGGAGUUGCAGUGAUGGGAAAAAGAUGCCUUUGCUCAAUAAUUUUAAUCGGUCUCGAGCAUCGAAUUCACAAGGUAAGAAACGACCUCUUGGAGGACAUAAUGAAGUCCACUUAAAGAAGAGCACAUCAGGACGAUUUGAACUGAAGCUGGUCGUUGCAAUGAGUAAUUCGAAUGCUUACUUGAUGAAGCAAUGCGAGACUUUGCUCAACCGUUUGAUGGAACAUAAUUUCGGUUGGGUUUUCAACAGCCCUGUUGAUGUGGUGAAGUUGAACAUUCUGGAUUAUUUCACUGUCAUUAAGCAUUCUAUGGAUUUCGGCACUAUGAAGAAUAAGAUAACUUCUGGACAGUAUGCUAGUCCAUUGGACUUUGCUGCUGAUGUUCGCCUUACACUCUCAAAUGCAAUGACAUAUAACCUACCCGGAAAUGAUGUCCACAUUAUGGCCGAGACGCUAAGUAAAUAUUUUGAUGCAAGAUGGAAAGCUAUAGAAAAGAAGCUUCUUAUAACCAUGAAUGUCGUUGAUGCUAUGCCUUCAUUAGCAACAGAGCACCUUAUAGAAGUUAAAAGGAAUAGUGACAUUUUGCCUAUGAAAAAGAAAAAAAUAACCCCAAAAGAAAGUAUUCUCAAGUCAGAGCCCGUUAGACAAAUGAUGACCGAUCAGGAAAAGUAGCAGUUGAGCACAGAAUUAGAGUCUUUAUUGGGCGAGUUGCCUGAAAACAUUAUUGAUUUCCUUAAAGAACAUAGUUCUACUGAAGGUC